GAACGUGAAAUUUUCAUGGCGAAGAACAAAAACAAGAAGCGAAAGGUCUCGCAGACACCGAACAAAAAACCCCAGAAGAAAGUAGACAAGAAGAAGAAGAAGCAAGUCGAGAAAGCCCCUGCUAUCGUGAAGGAGGAAUACUCUGACGACUCAUUGUCUGAACCCGAAUUGGAGUCCGAGAAGAUUCAGAAGCUCAUCGAACCCUACAACAAAGACCAAUUGAUCGAAUUUAUCUGCGACGCCGCUGUCAAAGAUUCUACUAUCCUCCAGAGCAUUCGUUCUAUCGCCGAUCGCGACAUCUCACACCGCAAGAUCUUCGUCCAUGGACUUGGCUGGGACACUACCCGUGAAACCCUAAUCUCCGCUUUCAAAUCCUACGGUGAGAUCGAGGACUUGAAUGUCGUAAUGGACAGGGCGACUGGUAAGGCAAAAGGGUAUGGUUUCGUUAUCUUUAAGACUCGAGCGGCCGCAAAUAAAGCUCUGAAACAGCCCCAGAAGAAGAUCAACAAUCGCGUUACCCAGUGUCAAUUAGCUUCUAUUGGGCCGGCUCCUGCGGUCCAGAACUACGAUACGACGGGUCGGAAGAUCUAUGUCAGCAAUGUUCAUUCUGACGCAGACGCAGAGAAACUUCGGACCUUCUUUGCCAAGUUUGGCGAGAUCGAGACGGGUCCGAUGGGUUUCGAUUCCUCAACGGGGAAGUCUCGUGGUUUUGCUCUAUUUGUAUAUAAGACGCAAGAGGGAGCUAAGAAGGUUCUUGAGGAACCGUACAAGAUGUUUGAGGGGCAUCAGUUGCAUUGUCAGAAGGCCUCUGAGAACAAGCACAAGCCUGCAAUUGCAGUGCAGCAGCCUGUACAAACUCCGGUACUGGCUGCUGUGGCAGCUUCGCAAAAUUUGGCUUUAUUUAGUCAGCACCCAACUCUUAAUCCAUUAUAUAGUGGGUUGCUUGGGAACCCAAAUGCUGGGUUUGUUGCAGGCUCUUUCAAUCCCAUGAUGGCAGGUGCUCUGAACCCCAUUGCGAUUCCAUCUACUCAAGUUGCUGGGAGUUCUUUCGGGAAUGCCAUGGGGAUAGGAGGAUAUGGUGCACCGUAUGGGUUGGGUACUUUUGGGGGAAAUCCUUCGCUGCUUGGGCCGUAUGGUUCUAGUGCCACAGCUUUGCAAGGUCUGCAAUCUUAUCAAAGCUCAAACAUGCAGCCAUCUUCUGGGGCUUUUCCUGGUUAUCUAUCUUAGAGGUGGUAAGAUGAAGUGCAGCUGAGCUAAGGAGGAUGAUGUUGAUGCAACGUUGGAGCAAAUUUCAAAGUGCAUAUUCUGGUUCAGUUCCAUGGGCUUCGAAGGCUUAAUGAUAGCAAGAAAACAAACUUUAUUUGUUUUUCUUGUGGGUCCUCUUGUUAAAAUUUUUUAAUAACUUAAUAUAGUUUUAUUUUUAUAGUUUUUAUUUUAUUUUUAUUUUUUUACUUUGUGACCUUGCACUAUCUUGUAUGACUUCUCAGGAUUUCUAUAUUUUCUUUGAUAAUUUUGCUGGAUAAUAUCAGCCACACCUCCAUUUUCACAUACUUCAUGGUUUUCCGUGGGUGUUUGAUUAGAAUUUUAAACUUUUUACU